UUCUGCACCAAUCGGAACUCUGCUCUGAUCUUCCGCAGCUCCUCCAAUUCCCUCCUUCUGCAUGUUCAAUAAAUACGCUUAGGUUAAUCAGUUAAAGUAAAAGCUACCAUAGCGUACUAGUAAUUUGGAGUUUACCAGUGACAAAUAUUGCGAUGAGGAGUGGUCAAAUAGUGGCGCUGUGUUUGGCGACUUUACUGCACACUGCAUAUGCGAAUGGACAAUGUGGUUUUCCUGAAUCUUAUCCAGACAUUAGUCUUCUAGAGACAUUUCAGACAGAGAAUGAGUUUCCUGAAGGGUAUGAAGUGUUAUAUCAGUGCAGUCCAGGUUUCAAACAAACCAAUGGAACAGCUAAGAGUAUAUGCGAAGAUGGCAAAUGGACUGCAGUACAGAUGACCUGUGAGCGUAUCAGAUGCAAACCUCCAGAGAAUAUGACAAAUGGGAUGUUUAGUAUUUCGAGUGGAAUCUUCUACGGAGAUAAAAUUUAUGCUUCUUGUUUCAAAGGUUAUAUGCUUGUGGGCAGAAGCUACAGACAAUGCCUAGCUAAUGGUGUACUGGAUGGAAUAAAUCCACAAUGUAUACGAGAAGAUUGUGACAAACCUCCAACUGUUGAAAAUGCAGUUCCAAGGUCUCAAUUUUUGGAUCAAACUGUGUUUGCCAGUGGAUCAAAACUGUAUUAUGAGUGUGUACUUGGCUAUGUAAGAGCACAGGGGACUUAUACAAUCACUUGCACUGAAAGCAGUUGGAGUUCACCAACUUUGGUAUGUAAAAGGAAAGAGUGUGGUAGUCCUCCACAACUUUAUAAUGGAGAUUUUGAAGUAACAGAGGGAAUAGAGUUUGGUGCGACUAUAAUAGCAAAAUGCAAUGAAGGGUAUACAUUAUUGGGCCCAAACCUCAAAACGUGUGCUGCUAAUGGGCAAUGGGAAGGUGGUGAUCCUUAUUGUGAAGUUGUCAAAUGUGAAGAACCUCCAGAGAUAAAAAAUGGUCAAAUCACGAACCCACCAAUAGGCUCAGUUACAUUUGGCACAGUUAUAACAUACCGGUGUUUGCGUGGCAGUUUAAUUGGAAAUCCUUCGAUUGUCUGCAACAUCUCUGGCGAGUACAGUCCCUCGCCUCCAAAGUGCACAGAAGGUAUUUCCUGUCCUAAUGUGAUAGUGGAUAAUUCAAAGAAGAUACAAGGAUUUGGACCAAAAUAUUACUAUGGAAACACUAUUACUUUUGAAUGUAAUCAUGGCUACAGAAUAAAUGGAAGUAGAACAGUUACAUGUGGAAGUGAAAAUCAAUGGUCUCCUCUUCCAACCUGUCAAAGAAUUAUUUGUGCUAAUGUUCCGAAUUUGGAAAAUGGUAGAAAGAAAUCCGAGCAUAGCCCACCCUACAGUUUCAAGAACACUAUUUAUUUUACCUGUGAAGGUGGAUACAGACUGAUAGGAAGCCACUUCAUCACAUGUAAUGAAAAUGAUGAAUGGUCUUCUGAACUUCCCACCUGUAAGCGAAUUGUUUGUCCUGAUGUUAAGGAUUUGGAAAAUGGUAAGAAAACACCUAGACAUGAUUCCCCCUAUUACUUCAAUGAUGUAAUUUCUUUUGCCUGUGAUGCUGGAUACAGAAUGGCAGGAAGACAGACCAUUACAUGUAAUGAAAAUGAAGAAUGGUCUUCUGAACUGCCCACAUGUGAACGGAUUAUUUGUCCUGAUGUUGUUGUAAAGAAUGGCAAUAAGAUAUCUGGACAUGGUGCCCCGUAUUAUAUCAAUGACAACCUUAAUUUUAUAUGUAAUAUUGGAUACACAAUGAUGGGAAGCAACACAAUCACCUGUCAGGAAGAUGGACAUUGGUCUUCUGAGCCUCCAUCCUGUAUGGUAUUUUCUUGUGGAACUCCUGAUAUAUUGCAUAAUGGGAAGAUCAGUGUUGAUAGAGUGAACAAUGCCAUAGAGAUUGCGUAUGCUGUAUGUGAUAAAGGGUAUUAUUUGCAGAGAGGUGGAAUCCAAGUAUGUCUUGCAAGUGGUUGGAGUGAAUAUUCAGCUGAGUGUAUCAGAGAUGAUAGUUAUGAGAAUCGAUUUCUAUAUGGCUGGAUAGCGGGGUUCAUCUGUGGACUGGCAAUU